AUGUCCCGCCCCGACACGGCCUCGCUCCUCGCCCCCUCGCCGCCGCUGGCAAAACCCCACCCGCGCGGCCGUUUCCUCUGCCUCCUCUCGCCCAUGCUCGCCGUCCUCGGCGCCUCCCUCGCGGUGCUCCUCUUCUUCGCGCUCCAGCCCGCGCCCAACCCGGUCCCGAACUACGAGGCGCUCUUCCUCUCCCUCGGAUCCAACGACACCGCCGCCUCGCACCUACGAGCGCUCACUCUCCACCCGCACGUCGCGGGGACCAAGGCCAACGCCCUCACCGCCCGCUACGUGCUCGACGCGCUCUCCUUCCCCGCCCACAUCACGCCUUACUCCGUCCUCCUCUCCUACCCCGUCCACCGCUCCCUCUCCCUUUCGGCGCCAGGCCGCGGCGUCGUCACCUCCUUCUCCCUAAAGCAGGAGACCUACCCCAACGACCCCUACGCAACCGCAGCGGCGGAGACCAUCCCGACGUUCUACGCGUACGCGGCCUCCGGGUCGGUCUCGGCGGAGGCCGUGUACGCCAACUACGGCCGCGAGGAGGACUUCGCCUACCUCGCCUCCCGCGGUGUGGACGUCGCGGGUAAGGUCACGCUCGCGCGCGGCGUGCAGGUGGGGAGCCUGUUCCGGGGCGUGGGCGACCCGACGACGCCGAUGUGGGCGUCGUCCGAGGGCUGCGAGCGCGUCAGCGUGGAGGAGGCCAUGAACACCGAUGACAUGCCGCUCAUCCCGGCGCUGCCGGUGUCGGCUCAGGACGCGAUGGAGAUACACAGAGCCGUGGGCGGGGCCGUGGCGCCGGCGGACUGGCAGGGCCGAGAGGGCGGCCCCGUGUACCGCCUCGUCCCCGGGCCGGCAGUUUUGAACCUAACGUAUCUUGGGAAUGAUACGAUGGCAACGAUUGAGAAUGUCUUUACCAUUAUCGAAGGCGCCGAAGAGCCCGAUAGAUAUGUCAUUCUUGGUAACCAUCGUGAUGCUUGGACGUUUGGUGCAUCCGAUCCCAACAGUGGAACAGCAGCUAUGAUUGAGUUAGCUCAAAGGUUUUCAAUGCUGCAAAAGCACGGGUGGAGACCUCGAAGAACCAUUAUCUUCUGUAGUUGGGAUGCGGAAGAAUAUGGACUGACAGGAUCUACUGAAUGGGUUGAAGAAAACCAGGAGAUGUUAUAUUCUAGAGCUGUUGCUUAUCUGAAUAUUGAUGUUUCAGUCGUUGGUCCAGGAUUCCUGCCUUCUACAACUCCCCAACUCGACGAGUUACUUCAGCAAGUAACUAAAGUGGACGGGAAACCACUUCUACUUCCUGACAAAUUAUAUUACAUUACUCACUAUUCACUGCGUAUCUCCUGCAUUAAGGUUCUAAGACUAGGUGAUGGAGGAUCAGACUAUUCAGCAUUCGUCCAACAUGUUGGUAUUCCUUCGAUGAAUAUAAUUUUUGGUGAAGGACCAGGAUAUCCGGUUUACCACUCCUUAUAUGAUGGCUACGUAUGGAUGGCGAAAUUCGGAGAUCCUGGGUUCCGUAGGCAUGUGGCGGCUGCUAGCAUAUGGGGAAUGAUGGCUUUGAGGUUGGCAAAUGAAGAGAUCCUACCCUUCAAUUACAUGUCCUAUGCAAUUGAGCUUGAGGAAUACACAAAGACGGUAGAGAAGGAAGUGAAGGGAACAACUGUCACUUGUUCCCCACUGUACAACUCAAUCAGAACUCUCAGAGCGGCAGCUACCAAAGUGAAUAGCGAACAAAAGGAACUUCAAAAGCAACUCUUGAGCAAGCAGCUGAACAAGGAUUCACUGAAAAUCCGACAGCUCAAUGACCGGCUUAUGCAGACCGAGCGAGCAUUCACUAGUAGGGAAGGCAUCUUCAAGCUAGAAUGGUUUAAGCAUCUGGUGUAUGGACCUUCAGAUCAGAAUGACUGGGAUACUGCAAUCUAUCCCGGUAUAGCCAAUGCAAUAGCCAGCGCUCGGAGCAGCAACACUUCGGAGUCGUGGAAGUUUGUACAGCAUGAGGUCUACAGAGUGGCCAGGGCCGUGACACAAGCAUCUGCUAUACUGAGUGGUCGUCUGACAUGA